CUAUACUACUAAUUUAUGGUUGUCGGUGACCAGCUGUAGUCUCGGGAAGCUUCGGAAGGGGUCGGUCGGACACAACGGCGGGGCCAGUAACCUCGAGAACGAUGAGCAUCUACUAGAAUUAUUAGUGACUUCCACUCUUCUACUUCCAAACUUGCAUCAAGGUUGGACGCUUAUAGCUGGUGCGGCUACUCACCUGGCCGUGACGUUGUGUCCACUAUCAUUGGUCUGCCAGGUUCAUGGCAACCUACUUAUAGUAAGCGACCUGUCACGUAUUAUUAUUAUCAUCACCAACCGUGUCUACCCAAUUUGUUCCGUACUCAUCGUCCAGUACAGCACAGUGCCGAAGUGUUGUCUGUCUCUACUAUCUAGGUAUUGUUUAGCGUCUCUUGACUAUAGAAAUGCUAUCGAAACGAGUUAUCGCUGCUGCUCGCAGUCGUGCAUUUUUCGCUAGUAGAGGUGCUCAAUACACUGCUGUAUCAUUCUCGCAAGGAUGGAAAGUCGCCAACUAUAUCAGACGCGCACAGUUGCAUUCCAAGACCGUGAAGGUCCCACAGAUGGCCGAAUCUAUUUCCGAGGGCACACUACGAUCAUGGUCAAAGCAGGUCGGGGAUACCGUCGAGGUCGACGAGGAGGUUGCGACCAUUGAGACGGAUAAGAUUGACGUCAGUGUCAAUGCGCCUACAGCAGGGAAGAUUGUGGAGUUGCUUGCAAAGGAAGAAGACACUGUCAGCGUUGGCCAGGACCUCUUCAUAAUUGCACCUGGCGAAGGCGGUGCAUCUGCUGCUCUUGAGGAGCAGAAGACAGAUCCUGAAGAACCUAAGGAUCAGCAACUGGACAAGAUGACACCAGAGCCGCGUGCACCAUCAGCUGCUGACAAGCAGAGUGGUGGCAUCCCUCCAGAAGGACCUAAAGAGUCCAAGAAGGAGGUGAAGAAGCAGGAUUCGAAACCAAAGGAGGACAAGUCGAAAGCACCUCCUCCUGCGCCAAAGGCCCCUGGCAAUCGGGGCGAGACAAGAAUGAACCGUAUGCGCCUGCGCAUUGCCGAGCGUUUGAAGGAAUCGCAAAACGCUGCCGCUUCACUCACGACCUUCAAUGAAAUCGACAUGUCUUCUCUCGUGGAGAUGCGGAAGAAGUACAAGGACGAAGUGCUCAAACAACACGAUGUCAAGCUCGGCUUCAUGAGCGCGUUCGCUCGUGCGUGCGCUCUGGCGCUCAAAGAGAUUCCUGCUGCAAAUGCAUCCAUCGAGGGCGACGAGAUUGUCUACCAUGACUUUGUUGACCUGAGUGUCGCUGUCGCGACGCCCAAGGGCUUGGUCACCCCUGUGGUGAGGAAUGCCGAGGGCAUGGGCUUUGUUGAAAUCGAGAAGGAGAUUGCUGCUCUUGGAAACAAGGCCAGGGAUGGUAAAUUGACUCUGGAGGAUAUGGCAGGAGGCACUUUCACCAUUUCCAAUGGUGGUGUCUUUGGCUCAUUGUACGGAACGCCCAUUAUCAACUUGCCACAAUCUGCUGUGCUCGGUAUGCACGCGAUCAAGGACAAACCUGUCGUUGUAAACGGCCAGAUCGUCAUCCGACCCAUCAUGGUCGUCGCUCUCACCUAUGACCACAGACUACUCGAUGGUCGGGAGGCAGUCACGUUCCUAGGUCUGUACUCUCUCCGUUAUUAUAUCUCACGUGACCGUUAUCUAACGCGUCGGUGCGUCGUUUGUAGUGAAGGUCCGCGACUACAUUGAGGACCCUCGGAAAAUGCUUCUUGCAUUGAGCUGAGCGUUCCUUGGCAAUUGUUUCAUGUUUUUAUUUAUUCCAUUUGUGAUGUACCUACAUUGAACACCAGGCCAUAAUUGAACUCAUCCACAAGGAAUCACUAAUAUUCCAGCCUCUGGAUGAGGCUCUGAUAAUUUGCAGAAAGUUAAAGAGUGAUGUAUCUCUGUUUAUUGAUUCCCUUUCACUUCUGUAUUCGUUUGUAUUUAUUGUCAACGUUGUUGACCACAAUACAGCAAGUACUCGGUCACUGAGCUUGCACGAAGCAAACCUAAA